AUGAGCAAUACUAUACAAGAGGAGACUGCAAUUCUCUUCCAGGAUAAAAAUAUAUACCUCAUCGAUAUCCCGCAUUCAAUCGCGCUCGCACAAGAGGGGAGGCCAACAUCACAACAACCAACCUCAGAAUCAUUAAGAACAGAAAAGAGCACGCAUAAGAAUAUACUGAAUCUACUUUCAUGCUCACCUAUCAAAGAGCCAUUCCCCUCUACCGAGCCCAAAAAGCCAGCUGCGCUCGCUAAUCUCCUCAACACCAUUCCCAUCUCUGAGAGACGGUUCCACUCGGAACUGAUACUGCCACUCGUGAGGGAUUCCCUCGAAACUAUCAAGGCUGGGUGUUCCCAUGAUCGCCGGUGGUGUGAGGCACGAGCUGUGCCUAGUGAAUCUCCAAAUUAUGAUAGCAGAAUGCCGAAUCAGAAGCGGCGGCGGGGAAAUGAUUAUAUAUGCUUAGAGUCUGCGGAUGACGGUGUUUCGACUCAAAAUGAGCCACCAAUAAUUCUGUCGACUACCUCACCGAACGACUUCGAGGCUUUAUCAGAUCUUGCUAUUGUCAAGAAUCCAUCACCAGAGCCCGCAAUCAUCAGGGUUGGAAGCUGCCAUCGCGACGAAGCGGAUUCCCCUCCGUGCGAAUAUAUGGCACCACCUAAAUCGAGCUUUGUGCUUUGUACACUACCUCUAUUCCAAACUGAGAUCUACCGCCCAUCUACAUCCAAUAACUAUCCCAUCCCCGGGCUCCCGCACCACCAAAAGUUCAAUCUCAUCCUCAUGGACCCGCCGUGGCCAAACAAAUCCGUGCGACGCAGCGGACACUACCAAACACACCACUAUUCCGAGAUGGAUGUGCUUACCAAAGGAUUACGAGAUAUUCUCCGUGUGCACUCGCACGACCCCAGCACAAAGCAGGGGCUACGCCAAGAAACCCAUACCGAACCGAUCCAAAGCGAACAGUCUAUAGCUGCUAUAUGGAUCACGAAUGCGGAAAAGGCCCGGCGAGCAGCAUACGAGGCCCUGACCGGCGCGGGCUUUUGCAUCUGCGAGGAAUGGAUCUGGGUCAAGACUACGUGGGACGGACAGCCGAUCUCAGCACUGGACGGGCUCUGGCGAAAACCGUAUGAGAUUCUUGUCAUUGGCCGCAAGGGUGACCAUAGUAUCAAUGUCAAUGUCAACGCUAACGCCAACAAUGCUACAUCUCUGUCUCAAAUGGAUGACCUGACGCGGAUGAGUGCGACCAUUACCACGAGACGAGUCAUCGCUGCGGUUCCGGACUUGCAUUCUCGUAAACCGAACCUGAAGUCGAUUUUUGAGAAUGUGUUUUUCACGGAUGCUGGUCGGUGCCAGGAGUAUUCUGCCCUCGAGGUGUUUGCGCGCAACUUGACGGCUGGUUGGUGGGCUGCUGGUAAUGAGGUCCUCCGGUUUAAUGCUCGUGAGUGCUGGGUCGAGCUUGGCAGAUAG